UCCCAACAGUCGGCAGAUACGAAUAUUUCAGGCCGGACUCCCGCUCCCAAUUACGCACUGGCCGUGAGAGACCGAAGACGUCCUCGGGGUUUUGUUGAGAAGUCUGGACGGCCGUUUGCAGCACUGCGCUCCGCUGUUAUGUUGGCGUCCGCGUUGUCUUCCGUUUGCUGCCGUCAUCGUCGACUGUUUCAUGGCUGACGUGUUCCGCAGGCUGCCGCUGCUGCUCCUCGUUGUCCUGUUGCUGCUCCUCGUGGUUCUCUUCCGCGUGUGCAUCCUUGGGAACGUGCCGCCGCGUCGACGCAAAACAAGGUCUUCGAUGAAGGACGCCAGGAUGGAGGCACGGCAGGCGAUCCCCCGGUCCGGUGGGGAGCAGGUCGGAGGGAGGCGGUGCGGGGGGAGCCUGUCGACCGUUGGCAGGGCCUCCCAGCGGGUUGGGUAUGAUGCAUUGCCACCGCACUUGCAACCACUCCCCGGCUCAUCGGACGAGGAGGAGGAGGUGGAGAGACGGCCACAAACCGUGUCAUUGGGCAGCGCAUCAACGCAGGAGUGGACAGCCACGGAGCUAUGCGGGACGGGCGGCGGCGUGUACAAGGAGUCGUUCACUGAACUCCUUCGGCCUAGCCUUGGCGAAGACGAAGGAGAUGGCCGCGUCAACCUGUCGUUUGGUUUGUCCACCAGGCGGUCUACAACUCCAUCACGCACAGUGCUCGUGCGACCCCACCCCGGCGAGGAAGCCGGGCAAUUGACAGUUGUUGAUCGAUCGGCGAGGACGAGGGCGUUGGCGAGUGAGACGGCGGGAGCGAACCGGAACUCUUGCCAUCUCCCCUGUCUGUGGCGUCGGAAGUGGCGUGAGGCCGUGGCGUCGGAGUCGACGGCGGGACCGACUUCUUGGAUGUUGGUGAUGGUCGCGACGGGAGGGAGGUGCGGAGGGACCUGCGACGGGAUCACCGGCUGCGGCGAGAGGAAUACAUCACACGGGGGGGUGGAGCGUCUUCACGUGGGAGACCGGGAGAACGAAAAGGAGACGGACGAUCCACCGGCGGAAGCAGACGACGACAAUGACGACGACGACGACAACGACGUAGACUGUGGGGAAGGGGGGGAUGGUCACGCGUCGCCAUCGUUCCAGAGCGACAUGGCUGGUAAGGGUGGGAAGUCCAAGCCUUCUGGCCGCAAUGCUCGUCCGCGGGCGAAGAAAGGGCAGGGAAAGGGGAGCGGUGGCGAAGGCGACGGUGAUGCGGAGGAGAAGCGCAACUUCUGGUCCGUGGAACACAUUAUAGCCCUCAUAAGGGCUAAACGUGACCAAGAUGCGCAUAUGCAGGGGAUGGGGCACGCAUACACACGGAUGAAACCGCGGGAAUGGAAAUGGCAAGACGUCGCCCAAAGGUUGAAGAACGUCGGCGUGGACAGGAAUGCGGAGAAAUGCGGGAAGAAGUGGGACAAUCUAAUGCAGCAGUUCAAGAAAGUCCAUCACUUUCAAUCACCGUCAGGGGGUGCAGACUUUUUCCAGUUGUCGUCGAAGGAGAGGGCGAGCAAGGGCUUCAAUUUCAUGAUGGAUCGCACAGUUUAUGACGAGAUAGAGGGGUCGACUGGGAUGAACCACACCAUCCACCCGAAGAACGUGGCAGACACCGGUGCGUCUGGCGGCGUGCGCCCGCCUUCAGCGUCUUACGUGGAUCCUGAAUCGGUGGCGGACGGGGAAGGAGGUGCAGGGCGAGAAAACGACGAGGAGGGGUCGACGCGAGGCUCUUCGCAGACGACGGGCACCCCCGACGGUUCUGGGAAAAGGAAGAGCACGAGGCAGCAGACUUUCGAGGCGCUGACAGAAUGCAUGGAGAAACACGGGGAGCUAUUGGCGUCGACGAUGGAGAGUGCAAGCAAGCGACAAUGCUUUAUCCAGGUCCGGCAAUGCGAGGCGUUGGAAGCGGAGGUGGAAGUGCAAAGGAAGCACUAUGCCGCGUCAGACGAAGUCAAUAAACUCAUGUGCCACGCAUUGUUGGAAAUAGCGAAGGUCAUUCGCGCUUUUGUCGGAUCCACCAUGUCUUCCCGCGGAGGUGGACGGGGGAAGGCUGCCUUGAAGCAGAUCGUGGAAGGCGCGGCCCCCGCAAAGAAGGGACGGCAUCAAGCGAAGAGGCAGAGGAAGGUCGUCCAAGCCGUGCCCGCUGGCAGUGCGCGAGACGUUGUGGAGGAGGCUGUGGUGGAGGAAGAGAUAACGAACGACGAGGACGACUUUGAAGACGACGACGAUGAAACACUGCAGAAGAAGACGAGGGUCAGUUCCGCGGAGGGGGUUAGAAUAAACGAGGGGGGGGAAGGGACACCGUCCGCACGGCGCGGCAGUGGCGUUGCCGCGGCCAACCAACCAGUCUUUGUCGACGUGGCACGCGACGUGGCAAGGAGGGACGUCGGUGGCCGCACGAAGGAAGGGGCCGCCUCGCAUGAGACUGCGCAGCGUGUGCUUGCGCCAGUGAAUUGCCCCCGAACCCCGGCUGCAGACAUGGCGGGGAGUUCCCAAGCAGCGGUUGAAGGUGGGACGUUGCGAUCUCCCACGGUGGCGGCGCGCGGCGGCGCUGUGGCGGUCCCGGGAGAGGCGGUUGAAGUCCCGAAGGGAGGAGAUGGCGUGGCGGCCGGGGAAGACGAUGAGGCUCUAGUGCACAGGCUGCGCGGGCAACGAUCGGCGACACAUGCGAUGGAUGCCGCCGCCAAACUUUGGGAGGAUGACAACAGAUUCUGGAACAACACCGCAGUUGGCACGACAAAAGCUAUGGGCGGUUGUCGAGUGUCGUACGAGCGUCUGAAGGGGAUGGCAGAGGCGAUGAGGUAUUUGCUCGCCGCCACGAUGUGGAUUAUGCGAAUGGCGGGGGACGAUCCGAGAUCGCAUUACGACGCUUGGGUUUUCGUUCAACUGACGGCGAAGACGACGCUGCUGGCGUCCAUGAACCGUCAGUUCGACGCCCACCGACACAUCACGCAAUCCGCGCAGGUCAUGACGAACAAGUUGGGGAGACCGCCUCCGACCUUCGCCCCCCCACCUGUGUACAUCCCCGAUUGGGCGUCUAAGUGUGGGGUCACUUUCUCGCACGACGCCACGUUGGCCUCUCCGAUGGAGGCAAAACGGUUGGAUUGGCUGGGGACAGGUCCUCCCGAGGACGCCGCCGCCGCCGCCGAAGGCGAUGACAAAGGCGAGGGGGGGUGACGCGUAGACGACGGUGAUGGCGAAGGCGAGGAGGGGAUGAUGCGCAGGCCCUGUUGAGAUGGCAGGUACAAGA